GAGAGAAUCUAUCCAAUCUACUUGUAAUAAAGAAAACGUACUCCUCGUGAGCAGCCUGCAAUCCCCUCCUUCUACCCUGCAAUGAAAGAGAGAGAAGAAAAUAACACCCUCUUUCUUGAGAAAAUAGCCCAUCAUCUUUCUCUCUCUUAGAAAAGGAAAACAUACCAGCUCAGAAAAGGAGAGAAGAGGAAGAGAGAGAGAGAAGAAAACAACACUCUCUUUCUUGAGAAAAUACCUCAAUAUCUUUCUCUCUGAGAAAAGGAAAACAUACCAGCUCCGAAAGAGAGAGAAGAAGAAGAAAAUAACACCCUUUUUAUUGAGAAGAAAGCCCAACUCUCUUUCUCUCAUACCCAAACAGAGAGAAAGAGAUGGCGUCAGGAGGAGGAGGAGGAGGGGGAGGGGGAGGAGGAACGGGACGGCUGCCAACGUGGAAGGAGAGGGAGAAUAAUAAGAGAAGAGAGAGGAGGAGGAGAGCGAUCGCAGCGAAGAUCUACUCAGGUCUGAGGGCGCAGGGAAACUACAAGCUUCCUAAGCACUGCGACAACAACGAGGUCCUCAAAGCCCUUUGUGUUGAAGCCGGUUGGACCGUUGAAGAAGACGGGACCACCUAUCGUAAGGGAUGCAAGCCUCCACCAUCUGAAAUGGCUGGGACAUCAACCAACAUAAGCCCAUGCUCCUCCCACCAGCCCAGCCCACCGUCUUCUUCCUUCCCAAGUCCAGCCCCUUCCUACCACGCCAGCCCAUCACACUCCUCCUUCCCAAGCCCGUCCCACUUCGAUGCUAACGCCUCCUCCUACCUCCUCCCCUUCCUCCGCAACCUAGCUGCCAUCCCCUCCUCCCUCCCGCCUCUCCGCAUCUCGAACAGUGCUCCUGUCACACCUCCACUCUCCUCCCCAACCUCCAGAGGCCCCAAGCUAAAACCUGACUGGGAAUCACUCUCCAAUGGUUCAAUGGCCGCCUUCCGCCACCCCAUAUUCGCCGCGUCUGCCCCCUCGAGCCCGACUCGCCGCCACCACAUCGGCCCUGCGACAAUUCCCGAGUGCGAUGAAUCCGACGCCUCCACCGUUGAUUCAGGGCGAUGGGUCAGCUUCCAGAUGGUUCAUCCCACCGCGGCUGUUACCCCAUCUUCACCCACGUUCAAUCUCAUCAAACCCAUCACCCAGAACUCCCCACCGGAGCCCCUCCCUGCAGGAGGUAUUGGGUGGGGUCCUGCGGUGGAGAGAGGGCGGGGUUCGGAGUUUGCAUUCGAGAGCGGGCGAGUGAAGGCUUGGGAGGGGGAGAGGAUCCACGAGAUGGGCGUGGAGGAUUUGGAGCUGACGCUUGGGAGUGGGAAGCAACGGAGCUAGCUUCGCCAGUUGGAAUUACGUCCGCCUCCCUCUGGAUGACCAGCGUCGAGUUUCUCUCUCAACCGUUGAUCUGAUGUACGACCCACUGGCUACAAUCUCUCAUUCAUGAACAUUGGGGCCUUGUUUUUUACAUCUCUGAUGCAUGCAUGCAUUGGGAGUUAUAGUCUCCCUGUCAUUUCUUUUGGGUUUCUUGAAUUAUGAUUUUUGAGCAGCUUCCUCAAAUGGGUUGGUAGUUGUCAUCUUCACCAGGUGAGGUUUUGCUGUUGGGUUUGUAUAUGAUCCUCCUAUGAAGAGUGGGGGUUUAUUUUUUUCUCUUUUCCUUUCCAUUCUCUUAGGAAAUUUUAUGUUUUUUUUUUUUUUUUUUAAU